GUGUUAGGCUACCUAUGCAAGUAUAUAAGCGGCCAAGUGGACUCGGUAAAGUCAUCAGUCUCUUCUCGUUUCUUCUCCGUACAACAACUUCCACAAAAUGCAGGUCAAAAUCAUCAUCGCUUUCGUCUCAAUGGCCGUCGUUUUGAUUGCUGGACAAGAGCAGCCACAAUAUACAAAUGGAGUAGCCAAGCCUUCUUACGAGCAACAGCAGGCCCCAAUGCCGCAUUCCUUUGCGUGGGCUGUUAAAGAUGAGCCGAGCAAGAACGACUACUCUCACCAACAAGAGAGUGACGGCAAGGUGACCACUGGAUCCUACCGUGUCGUUUUACCCGAUGGUCGCACUCAGAUCGUCACGUACAAGGCGGAUCAAAAUGGAUACGUUGCUGACGUCAAAUACGAAGGCGAGGCUCGCUAUCCGGAAUACAAGCCUUCCUCUUACAACAAGCCAACAGGAUAUCCUACUACGACCGAAGCGGCCAAGCCGGAAUAUCCCUCUGCUUAAGAACAAACUAAGCAGAAUGGAUCGAUGUAUAUUGUUUUUUCAAAGUGUCAUGUAUCAAUAGCUGUAAUUAAUUGUCUUUAUUGCAUUGAAGUGGAUAAAAGAAAAUGCGAUCUAAGAGA